GCGCGCGUUUCCGCUGGGCUGGAGCGCGCAGAGCACUGCUUUUCUGGGGCGGCGAGGGACAAGGGGCGGUGACCUCGGUGCGUGCCGCGCGUCCCGGGCUCCCGGCCCGCUCCCCGGCCCCCGGCCCGCGCCCCGGCCGCCGGCAUGGUGCUGCUGGCCGGGCCCGGGCCGGAGGGCGGCGGGGCGCGCCGCGUAUCCCCGCAGCCUCCGUCCCCACCCCGGGGCGCGCAGGCCGAGGAGGACCCCGCUGACUACGAGGACUACGAGGACUUCUCGAGUCUGCCCGACACCCGCAGCAUCGCCUCGGACGACUCUUUCUACCCUUCUGGAGGCGAGGAGGAGUACAGCUCCGUGAGCUCGGAGAGCGUCCCUGAAGGCUUCCCGGAGGGCGUCCCGGAGGCGGCGACCCUCCUGCGCGCCGCCAGCGCCAACGACGUGGGGCUGUUGAGGGCGCUGGUGCGGCGGGGGCCCAGCGCUGAGGAGGUGCAGGAGACCGAUCGCAACGGCCGGACUGGCCUUAUUAUCGCCUGCUACCAUGGCUUUGUGGAUACCGUGGUGGUCUUAGCAGAGUGUCCCCACGUUGACGUCAACUGGCAGGACAGCGAGGGGAACACGGCCCUAAUCACAGCUGCGCAGGCAGGGCACGUCACCAUCACCAACUACUUGUUGAACUAUUUCCCCAGCCUUGACCUUGAAAGGAGGAAUUUGUUCGGGUUCACGGCCCUGAUGAAAGCCGCCAUGCAGGGCCGCACCGAGUGCAUCCGAGCCUUGAUGCUAGCAGGGGCAGAUGUCCACGCCAGGGACCCCCACCGCGGGAUGUCACCUCAGGAGUGGGCUACUUACACUGGAAGGUUUGAAGCUGUCCGUGUCAUCCAGAGGCUGCUGGAGCGACCCUGCCCAGAGCAAUUUGGGGAAAAGUACAAGCCAGAGCUGCCACCACCCAACGAGGCAGGUCUGAAGCCUGCAGGCUCCAAAAACUGCUUGCAGAGGCUCACUGAGUUUGUGCGGUCCAAGCUGAUGUCCCGCUCACACCAGGGCCUGGAGGAUGGGGGGGUCCUGGACCACAUGGUCAGGAUGACCACAAGCCUCUACAGCCCCCCCGUGGCCAUCGUCUGUCAGACCGUGUGCCCGGAGAACCCCCCGUGUGUGGGAAAAAGGCGGCUGGCGGUGCAGGAAAUCCUGGCGGCGCGGGGGGACCUGCACACGCAAGCCCAAGAGAAGGACAAGGCAGAGGGGACCGUGCAGCAAUUCCGGACCUCCCAGACCGCAGGGGUCUCCAGAGAGGGGUCUCCCAGAGCCAGCCCCAGCCCCACGUCUUCCCAGCUGCCAGCUGCGCCACGGAGGACCAGCCUCCUGCCCCUGCAGCUGCUGCGGCGGAGCAGCGUGCGGCCGGGCGUGGUCAUCCCCAAGGUGCGCAUCAGCAAGGCGCCCGCACCCACCUUCCAGCCGGAGCGGGCGGCGAGGGGCAGCACCAAGGACAGCACGCACCUGCAGCUACCCAAGUGGCGGUACAAAGAAGCCAAGGAGGAAAAAAGGAAGGCGGAAGAGGCGGAGAAGCAGCGGUUGGCGGCCACACAGAAGGAAAAGCGGGCACCGUCCUGGAGGAAAAGGACGUGACCGGGGCUCAGCCGCCUGGAAGUUGUGUCGGGCGUGGGCCAGGGAUGCAGUGCUGCCCAGAGCCCCAGAGGAAGCAGUGGGAAGGCCGUAUGGGCUCCUCUCUGGGAGGGAUGCGCCUGGUCCUGCCCUUGCCAUUUAUGCGCCUCACAUCUCCGUGCCCAGAGGCUCCUUCCUGGCUCCAGAAGACGUUCAGGUUUAUUCAGGCUGCACCCAAGUGUGAGUUGGGCAUAGCACAAAUCGAUUUGUCUAAAACCAGUUCCCCUAGCAGUCAGUACACCUAGUGGGCAUUUUUCCUAAAAGUCUACCUUUAGAACCUCAGUUAAGAGAAUUUUAAGACCCAUUUAUCAAAAGGGCAUUUUCUGUAUGGUUUUGUGUUUUUAAUCACCGUCAAAUUUGCAGCAUUUUACCAGUGAUGAGGCUCUUUGUAUUUCCCACAGUUUUAAUGCGUUUGUCUGAAGACCCUUUGUUUAAAAUACUGUUUCUAGCAAUAAUUUUUUUUUGAUAUCUCUACGAUUUCACACAGAAUUUGUGGCAUUUCGUGUCCCCCUCCCCUUUUUUGCUGUUUGUUGCGGUCUUUGCCUUUCCAUCACAUUGUGGUUGCCUGUGAGCAAUGUAGUUCUUAAUUGGAUUGUGAUGCUAUUUUCUUUCUAUUCCAUGGAGGCAUUUACUUUUACAGCAAAAUGAUCAAGUAAGAUAGAGGAAUCAGGUUUCCUUGUAUCUUAUUUUUUAAGCUCUCUUGUCCCUACAGUGGUACAAAUGAAGAAAAUCCAAUUGUCAAAGUAUGAUUUAGCAUGCAGAGAAGCAUGUAUUGAUUGCUAGAACUAAACUCAUUUUAAGCAAAGGGUUUUAGAUAAACUGCAUACAAAAUCUUGAACAUAUUCAAACACAGAUAUGAGAAAAAACAUAUUUAACAAAAUGGGGUCAAUGUAAUAAGUUAUUACUAGAAAUACAAAAUUAAGUCAUAUGUGCUCUUAGCUAAAUUGAAUUCUGAUAUCCUUAAAAUGUAAAAGAAAACAAACAAACAAACCAAAAAUGCAAGAAGAAUAAGGAACCCAGAAUUCUGCAAACUACUGAAAUGGGGGGAGGGUAAAUUCUUAGAGGAAUGGGGCUUAAGACUGAAUGUUAAGCAAACAUGUUUUAAGCAAAUUCUCCUAGAGCGAGCUGGGUUGCUUCCUCCUCCUGACUCAAUUCCAAAGAAUCCCUGGUGUGGAAUUACUUUUAUUUUUCCUUUGAUAACAGCCCCUGGUGUUCAUCUUACCCUCACACCGACUUUGUAGAAUUUCCAAGAUGCAGGAACUCUUGCAGAGCAUGUUUGUGAUUUGCCCCAGGCCCUGAGCUCUCUGCAGGAGUUUUCUGUCCAUACUUUUUAUCUCCGAAACACUGAGAAAUCCUAAUGACUCUCUGACCAUCUGGGUUGUAGAGUGGCCCAUAUGCACUACCAACAGCACUUUAUUUAAAUACUCUCCUGCUCUGAAGCCAUAGAUUUAAAAUAUUAUGUACCAAUUUGGAAGCUCUUUGUUAUAACCUUGGACUCUCAAGGGAAAUUGUGUUCCCUGGCUAUGUGGCGACUGUCUGUCUGACUGUCUGUCUCAUGAUGUGGGCAGGGUGGUGCCCGCCUCUCCCCUCCCCCUCCCACCAUCAGACAUUGAGCAUCUUACACUCAGUUCACCAACAGGCCAUCAGUCUGCCCCCGGGGACUGAUGGAAGACAGGUGUGAUAAUGGUGAGGCUUUUAAAGUCAGAUUUUACUAAGUCCCUCCGUCACCCCAGAAAGGCACAAAAAGAAUGACACAGAGAUCUGGACCCACUUUGAGCAUCAUCACUGAUAUAGUUGGCUGUGGGUCACCCUUGUGCCUAAGACUUGGGAUUGACCAGGUCCCCUUGGAUAAGAUGAGAACUGGUCCCCAAGGUGGAGAGAAACACCGCUCAUCUCCCUGAUGGUCCAGUCCACAUCCUUUGAGAUCACUUUUCAUGUUUGUAUACUUUCAUUGCUUUGAAUGGCUGGGUGCAUUUUUCUCACUCCGGGGUUGCCCUACCUUCUUACCUCCAGUGCAGGUCGGGGAGGGGGCACUGAUGAGCGGUGACCCCUUCUGCUCUCCGGAUGUCCCCUUAGCUCUGUCACCAGAUGCAUUCUCUCUGGUCCCCUUUGCCUUUCUUCCUCACUUGCUUUUUUCUUUUUCCACCUAUUUCCUGCUCCACAUUUGGCUCAAUGCCUUGAUCAUCCCUGGCACCACUGCUUGAAAGGGCAGGGAAGCAAGGAAAUCAUGAGAGAGCAACGGUGUCCCUGUUGAAUUUUUGCGCCACGCCCUCUAAACACCCAAGGGUGAAUGGACGGCAGAUUCCGCCAGCUGCCAGCACAGUACAGAAUUGUGGCACAGUCUCCCUCCCCAGCCCUACUCCCUUUCUCUUCUUUCCAGAGGAAGACUGAAUUCUCGCUCCUGACAGAUGACAGCACCACCCUGCUGUACAGAGGCGGGAGGAUGCCCUGUCUCCUUGCACUCCUACUGUUUAUUAUCUGUAAAUAGUGAAUUUCAACUUGACAGGUAACUUCUCAGGGAUUUAUAUAUAAAUAUAGGUAGGGGGAAAGUUGAAGUCUAUUUUAAUACUUUUUAGCAUUUGAGUGAGUGAUGAUUCAACUAGACAGAAGAAAUAUUCCUAAGAGUGUCAAUGCUGCUUUCACCGGGGAGAUGCCUGGGAAUUACCCCUCAUCGUCGAGAUUCCUUGAUUGUUGGAAACCCCAGACUCUGGUGGCUGGAAUGGCUUUGGAGUGAAGGUGAAGUCACUCCAGUGCCUGCCAGUUGCCUCUUGUGGAUGUCACCCUUGUAUUUAAAAAAAAAAAAAAAGUCCACCUGUGUGUAGAGGUGGCUGUGAUGACACGGAUGGGCCAUUGGUGACUUUUACCUCUAGAACCGGUUCCUCCCCAUCUGAUCCUCGGGUGUGUGGGUGAGAAUGACAGUGUUUUAAUCUGCUCAUGUGACUCAGAUGUUCCACAGUCGACCCAGCGCCAAGCUCACCUCUGGGAGGGACGAGGGAAAAGCUGGGAGAAGGAAUGACUUGGGCUCAGAGGCCGUCAGCCUUCCAUGCCUUUGGCUGUAUUAGAGAAAUGCAACACAUAAUAUCAUGGACCUUCGAGGUGCUUUCUGAAGCACCUCCCCACAGGCUCCUGGCAGCAUCAGAUACCUCAGAAACGGAGUCAGAAAUUGCAGUCAUUCGUCAUCUCAGCUUCAGGUGCUCCUGAGACGCGCUCACUCUGUGGAGAACGAUAGAGUUCAUGAUGUCAGUUGGAAAAUGGGACUUGUGGCUGCAGGGACGGGGGAGGCGGGUGCAGUCAUGCAAGGUUACCUCUGCCCCACUUCCUUCCCUGCUCUCCGUGGGUGACCAGAUCUCUGGAAGUUCACUGAGUGGAGAUGAGGCUGUGAAACUGAAUCCCAUCAGCUGGGGCCAGACCCCCAUCCUGAAGUGGGUGCAAAGCCUGCUGCCUCCAGGGAAGAAUCAUGGGUACUGAGUGAUGACGCAGAGCAUCCCUGAGAGGUGAGUGAAUGAGCCAAGCUAAGAAGGAGGUAUGAUUUGUCUCUUGCAGCCCGGGGCCAAAGCACUGUUCCUCCGUCCUUGUCCACACUACAGGAAGAGGGGAGACUGCCUUUUCAUCGUUCACCCCAGCUUGCUCUUCGAAGUGAGUUCCAGCCCUGGUGGAUGGCAGCUGCCCCUCUUCCAGCCCAGGUUCCCCUGGAGACACAAGCGUACUCUUUUCCAUCCUCAUACAGUCAAUACACGUCUUCCUUGUAGUGCUGAGAUUCAUCAGGAGGCAUUGUAGGCUCCUAGUCACAAUCAGUCUUUUAUAGGACGAAGUACUGGCACUUUGACUUUUUUUUUUUACAGCAUUUGGGGAAGUUUGAACAAGCUACCCAAGUAUUCACUUGAGAGCCUUUUCAUCCCAUGUGAGUGACUGAAUUCUGCACCUGGCUGUGGGUGCCCCCCACGCAAGAUCUCCCAGGGCCCUGUUCUGUGUGUCUGGCCCUCAAUUUCCUUGGCAACAGGCUCAUGCUGGGCCCCCUUCAGCUGGGCAACUGCCUGGCUGACCAGUGUCUUCAAGGGAAGGAAGGGCAGAAGAUCCAUCACAGCCGAUCUUAUUAAACACAAAGUUCCAUUGAUGACAACAGGCGUUGGGGUAAAUAAUCAAGGCAGCAGGAGGGCUGUUGCCAUAGAGAACCAACAACAGGACAGCUCUUCCUGAAGUGCUGUCCUCUCGAUGCAUUUAGAACUUGCUUCAAAUGUAUGUAACUCUUGAGUCAGCUACUUGUUCCUGUGCCCUUGAAUUCACAUGUUUCUUAACAUUUAAAAUCAGUGGCUAAAAAAUUCCUCUGGAGGGUUCCCCCCACCCCCAAAAGAAAUAGGGAAAAAAAAAAAAAUCCCAUCACUGCCUGGUUUGAUUUAGCUCAUUUUUAAGGGACUCACUUGAAAGCCAGGGCUGUGUACCCAAGGUCCCCUCCCUGACCCAGCCUGAAGUCAGGCUUCUGUGAAAGGCACAGCCCUGUCUGCUCUGCUGGCUCUCAGCUGCAAGUGUGUGUGUGUGUGUGUGUGUGAUGGAAUGGGGAGUGUGCACACACAUGCACACACACACACACUGGAAAGGGUCUGAGUUUUGUACUCACAGAGAAAGUCAAGUAUCACUAGCUUUGACGGCUUGUGUUGGAGGAUGGGACAGCCCAAGACCCCAAAUGGGAGCACACCAUCCAAUGUGACGUGGAAGACAGCCAUUGUGUCACAACCCAGGUCUUCUAGUCGAAGGGUGGUAUUGGCUCUGGGCGGCUCAUAUAGGAGCUCCUGGGGGAAGUCCUGUAGCUGGACCUGGGUCACCUCUCUGCUCUUGACAGUGCAUCCUUAGGGAGCUCCACCAGGCCCUCAGCUCCUGGCUGAAUCCCUUGCAGGUUGGGACCAGUCUAAACACAAUCAGCGUCUUACCCUGAUGAGGCACUGGGAUUUCCCCUAAGUCUGCUGAAUUAUUAGAUACUAAUUAAUCAAAGCCACCACAAUUUGAGAUAAACUGUUUCAGCAUAAUGAGACACCCUUACACUGAGGAAAAUGUAGGAGAGAAGCAAAAGGAAGCCAGCCAUCGCAGGUGCCAAAGGGGCCGCUGUUGGUUUGAUGCUUUAUGAAAUUUUGGGAGGUUGCAUUGAAGCACUUUAUAAAACCAGUUUUUGAGAAAUUCUAGAAGCUGGUUUGGAACUACAUAGCUCUGUCAAACCAGAUGAAAACCAGAAAAGGAUGCUAUGAACCUGGUGAUAUUUCUAGCAACCCCGUGAGCCUUUGGGUCACCAUAAGGAGUUAGAAUAAUAGACCCCAUUCAAAUGAACAGGCAAAGCUAAUCUCACUGGAGUUCUCUUCAUUCAAAUCCUUGUUCUGCCUGGCGUAUAUUAGGGAUCCGAGAAUGUGUGCACAAGGGGCCAGGUUUCAGGUUAUGUCAUGUUGGUAUAAGCUCUUUCUGAAUGUAAAGCUAUUUUCACUGUCAUUUCUAACAAUCCCAUAGGUUUGUGUAUAUUGUAAAAAUGUUGAAUAAGGACAUAAUUGUCUAAAUUUCAUAGUGUUUUAUUUUGAGGUGAGUUUUGUUACAGUUUAUAAAAGAUAUUUUCCUAUUUAGACCUCAGGGCUAUUUGGAGACCUACAAAUAAAUGUGACCCCAGCAGUUUCAAUUCUUGACAUCUAAAAGAUUAGUCAUCUUUAAGGGAAAUAGGAUUAUUCAGCAGAAAGAAUGUGUCUUUUCCUUUUAACUUCUAACAAACUAUGUAUCUAAAGUUUAAAUGUACAGCAAAAAGGGAUACAGUCAUGUAAAAAUGUGGGAAAAUUGUGGCUACAGAAUUAAAAAUCACCUGUGAAAUAAACAUUCUUAUGGCACAA